CCCAGAACUGUUAUGAUGGUGAAGAGGUUCAGCUGCCUUUUGAGAUGGUCUUUAAAAGGAAAGUAUACCACUCAACAAGAAGAAAACAAAUGAACAUCAAGAGCAGAAUUCUAACCACCAUAAAGGAAGAAAGCUGUCCCCAUAUAGAAGAGGAAAAAACAGUUGUAAAUUUACCUCAGCAUUAGGAAAAACAGUACUUGUUCUGCAUACCUGUGUGGAUUUGAGACUCCAGUAAGGAUGCAACCGUGCUGUGAAUCCAUAAAUGGCUCUUGCAUAAGGAGCAGCUGGUCAAACAGUACCCGUGUUUCCAUGUAUAUCUUCAUGGUUUGCGUUAUUCUAGCCACAGUGGUUGGAAAUUUGACAGUUAUCAUCUCAAUAUCACAUUUCAAGCAGCUCCAUACACCUACUAAUUUCCUGAUACUUUCAAUGGCUACAGUGGACUUCCUGCUGGGAUUCUUCAUCAUGCCUUGCAGUAUGGUUCGCUCUGUUGAGCACUGCUGGUAUUUCGGGGAGCUCUUCUGCAAGAUCCACACGAGCAUGGACAUUAUGCUGAGCACAGCUUCUAUUUUCCACCUUUCCUUCAUAUCCAUCGACCGUUACUAUGCUGUGUGUGAUCCUUUAAGAUACAAAUCCAAGAUAAAUACUUUUGUUAUCGUGGUCAUGGUGUUCAUAAGCUGGACAGUCCCUGCUGCUUUUGCUUUUGGGAUGAUCUUUCUAGACCUGAACUUGAGAGGGGCAGAAGAGUUUUAUAAUCAUGUCCAUUGUGCAGGAGGAUGUUUUCUCAUUUUUAGCGAAACUUCAGGUAUUGUCGCCUCCGUAGUGUCUUUUUACAUCCCUGGAUUUGUUAUGCUGUACAUCUAUAGGAAAAUAUACUCUGUAGCCAAGAAGCAGGCAAAAUCCAUUGAUGCCAUUUGCAGAAAAAAGAUGCAAUUUGAAAUGAAGAAUCACAUUUCAUUCUGCAAAGAAGGGAAAGCUGCUAAGACAUUAGGCAUAAUAAUGGGAGUGUUUCUCAUCUGCUGGACUCCAUUCUUCUUCUUUACAGCUACUAAUCCAUUUAUGAAUUAUGUGAUACCUCCCAUUCUCAUCGAUGCUCUGGUUUGGUUUGGCUAUUUAAAUUCUACACUUAACCCAAUUGUUUAUGCAUUUUUUUACAUGUGGUUUCGCAGGGCAUUAAAAAUUAUUCUCUUUGGAAAAAUUUUUCAAGAGGACUCUUCUAGGUCUCAUUUGUUUUUAGAUUAACAUGCUUUAAAUGGUUGGAUUCGUGGCUUAAAACUUUUGCCUGGAGGCUGAACUCCUGGAUUCAAGAGCUGAAAAUGAAGGAAAUACCUAUUUGUUUACCCAUUUACCAAAUCCAGUUCAAGCAGAUAAGCAAUCGUGAUUUACAUCUUCUUUCAUUCCAGACUGGGAUUUGUAUGUGAUGUUUUGAUUAGAUCUAUUUAUUUCAAUGCACAGAAGAGCAAGACUUAUACUUUAAAAACCUUAAAAUAGUUUAUAUACCUGAUCUUAAUAAUUAAAAAACUAUUCUGAUACAGUAGAUUAAUUCCUCGAACAAGGUGUAUUUAUACUACAAUAGUUAUGUUCAUUUGUUGUCCUCUAGAAAGAGCGGAAAAACCUUUCUCUUUGAAUUUCUUUACAUCUUUGAGUAAUUACCCAAAGCUCUUGAAGUUUUGUCCUUCCCCUUCAAUAUUUGCACAGAGUACAAAACAGAUGAAUAACCAGCCAUACCAUCACACUCCACAGAGGGAAGAUGAGACAGAGAAAAGUUGUGCUGCUCUAUCUGUUUUCAUUUCAACUAGUGCUUGUCACUUAUGAGUUUGUCACUUAAAGGCUUUGUUCCUUAAUGAGACCAAAGGCAUGUUUAACAAGAUCAAAGACAAGGAAAAAUAGGAUGUAUGAAAUGAAAAGCAAUUACGAAAAAGCUGCAUUGUACCUGAGAAUGCAGGUUCUAACAUCUAAUGAAUGUUUAGAUGUAAAAUAUUUGCCAAUUUGCAUCUUAGGGAACUUUUCUCUAGCUUGGAGAUACUGUUAUUUUGUCUGAUGGCAAUGCUAUGACAGCUUUGAGGAAAGCAUACAGAGAACUGUGAAGAAAUCUUGUGGCUGAACUCAGCUGGAUAAUGAAGGAUCAGUACUGACAACGGACAGGAAAGGAUUAGUAUCUGAGAAGCUACCAUGGAGAGAAAUUGAUGACUGUAGUGAAGUAAGAACUACACUCAGCAGUAUGCCCUCCAUUUAUAUUCCUUUUAUAAGUGCACGUCAUAUGUGUAUCUUGUCUUUCUUUUCUGGAAUUUGUAGAGCACUGAAGCACAGAAGUUGAAUGAUGAUACAUUUCAGCAGAGCAAAAUUUCAGAAUCUGAUGUUGUCUCUCUUACUGUUUCAUUGCCAACUUGUAAAGUUUGCACUCUCCAAAAUGACAUAAAAAGGAACAAUGAAAUAUACCCCACAUCCUCACUUGUGCUGUGGAUCCUUGCUAAUGGCAAUAUGACUAAUACUUUAUGUCAGAGAAAUAAAGUAAGAUGAAAUUAAAAAAAUCUAUCUUUCUAAUAAAUAAUGGGUAAUUCUCUUCUUCCUUCAUCUCCAGUGAGUCUGGCUUGAUGCAGUUAAUUUUCUCAUGCUCAGUGUUACCUUCUGAAAUAAAAUGCAUCAUCACUUGGACACCUUCAUCUCAGUUAAAAUAACAGUUUCAGAAGCGCUGCCAGGUGAUACCUCCUUUCUUCUGGUGGUAUUAUAGAUUGAAGAAAAGAUAGUCUAUGACAAAUUUUGCCCUUCUGAGACUUUUUACUGUAUAUUUAGGAAGUUCAGCACAUACUGACAUCGUCCCUUCAGGAAGUCAGUGAAGUUGUUUUUUUCCCUUUGUCCAUUGACUAUCUCCCUGAAAAUCUGGAAACAUUACUGUGUUUCCAGAGAAUUCCAGCUCUAUCAGAGUUCACAACUGGUCACUUUAUCACUUAUUCUGGCACCUCUCUGGCAUUGUUUUUUGGUUGUAGAAGUUUUUGAAUGAAUGUGAUCCCACCUUUCAUUAAUCAGAGCCAAGUCACAGAGGGGAUCUGCCUGUUACCAAGAUUGCAAUUUUGCAGGACAAUAACAAAACAAUUGGAAAAACAUCAGUAGAUUGAGCUGCUUCCCAUGUUCCUUUUAAGUGGGUUAAAUUGCUGUGGAGCAGAACAUCUCUUUCUGCUCCUAUUUCUAAAUUUGCUGUUAGUCCAAAACAAAUUAUCAGGAAAAGACAUGGAAGAUAUGGAUCUAGUUCUUCCCAGAUAAAGGAAAAGGAUUUUUUGCCCCUUGAAACUAUUCACUAGUGUAUUCAUUUAUAACUACUCCACAUGGACCACAGUGCAGUACAGGAGAUAAGCAUCAGCCUGCCUCCACACCCCUUUCAUUAGUGGAAUUAUAAUGAUAGAAAACAAGUGUAUAUGUAGCAAAAGGAAAGAAUAUUGCUUAUCAUUCCAAUUUUACAACUGAUUUCCAUCAGAUGUGUUUAUUGUAUGUAUUUUAUAAUUCACAGCAGGUGAAUUUAUCAUUACAAAUAACUUGGAAAGUCGGGAUUUAGCAACUGAUUUGUGUCUCUUAAGAUGAUCAUUUAGGUGAGUAGCUCAUUAACUGAAAUCUUGAAGAAAGUUAAGGUAUACCAGUUUGCAUAACAUUUCUCCUGUAGAAAAAAAAAAUCAAUAUUCUAAGAUUAGGGAGACAUGUAAAUGCUAUUUAAUAUUUUCAGACUGAAGUGACUUGAGAGAUUUCUUUGUCUAUGCAUGUUUUUCUUCUACUAAUUUAAAUUUGCUAAUAUUAUGAUUUACAUAAAAUACAACAAUGAUAUUUUACAAAAUGCUCCAGACACAAAAUAAGAUUUAUAUUUUCAUUUGGAUGUGGCACUUAGUGCCAUGGUCUAGUAACCACGGAGGUAGUGGAUCAAGGGUUGGACUUCAUGGUCUCAGAGGUCUUUUCCAACCUGGUUAAUUCUGUGAUUCCAUGAUAAUUUAGUUAAUUAAAGGUAAUUAAGUUUACAUUCAACUGCUUUGUUUUAAAUAUUACUUGCAAUUAAUUUUAUAAUGGUUUCCAGUUACUAGAUUUCAUGUACCAUUUCAGAAGAAUAAUUGGUUGUAGCUAGUCCCUAUUUAAGGCAAGAGAAAAUUCACCUCUGAAUUACUGCAUUUCAUGUAGUAAUUGAGUUCAUGGGCUUGACUUACUUUAUCCUGUAUUCUCAUGUUAGGAU